AUAAAUAAAUAACACUCUCUAAAAAUUUCUCCUAAUAUUUAUUCAAUUAAAUUUUCACCAUAAAACACUUAACAAUAAAUACAACUAAACAAUAAUAGAAAAAUGGAUAAUAUUGGUUCAGAAAUCGGUCAGAAAAUGCGGUGUGCUGUAAAAGCAAAAUUAGUUGAAUUAGGAACUGGAUACAUUGACGAUGAGCUCCCAGACUAUGUCAUGAUUAUGGUAGCCAAUAAGAGAAGCAAACAACAAAUGAUAGAAGAUCUUAGCUUAUUUUUAGGAAGUAAUACGCAAAUUUUCGUCACUUGGUUGCACGAGGUUCUGGAAAAACUGCAAGAGGUUACACUUCCACAAAGAAAGUCUAAGCGAAGAGAUAGUGAGAAAAAGAAAAAAAGAGUUGAAACACCUGAAAAUAACGUGAAUACAUCAAGUUUACCAUCAAUUACUGAAGUAAUUAAAGAGGAAUUUAUACAACGGAGUAAAUCCAUUCCGCCUAUUGAAGUUCAAGCAAAAAAUAAACUUGACCAAACGAGCAAACCAGCUAUCAAAAUACCAAAUAAAGAUGAGUUUGAUAUCCCAACAAUAAGUGACAUUGCAAAAGAGGCAGUACAAAAACUUCAACAUGAAAAAGAAUUACAGCAGUUGGCUGAGUUACAAAAAAAAAUUUAUAUUGCAAAAAAACAAUUGGAAAUAAUGGUGACAGAUGACUCAGAUGAGAAUUCCAACGACGAAUUUGCAUAUGAAUCUAAAAAGGAAAAAAAACAUACAAAUAUCCAACCACGGCACAAUUCGAAUGCAAAUCAUUUCGAAAAUCUUUCUCGUGAAAGUUCACCAAUCCAGUUGAGGGAAAAUGACACAAACCAGCAUUUAGAUAAUGGGAGACAACGAAUCGUGAAAUUAUCUGCCGUUCGACGUGCUGAACGUGAAAUAUAUGUACCAGCAUUUCGACGCACAGAAACUGAAAGUCGCCAAAACACUCGUGAUAGAAACAAACGAGAAAGACAUAUAGUUAAUUAUAGAAGUACAUCUAUUGAAGAUCGAACGUUUGUUGGUAGAAAUACUACAUUUAAUAACACAUUUCGACAAAGAAAUCAAAAUCGUUCUCGCAGUAGAAGCCCCAAAACAAAGAAUAAAAAAAUAACAAGUGUAGCAACAAGUAACCGUUACAAAAAUGAAGAAAAUAAAUUGUCAAGAAAAAGGAUCGGUUCGCGAAUUUUGGUUGUACCAGAAGGAUCCUCCUCACAAGAAGAUCACGUUAGUAGUUUGAUAAAAAUAAAACAACGAAUACUUACACCAGAAAACAAACAGGCUAGUAGAAUGCUAUUACUGAGAGCAGUUUCAGAAGCACAAAAGUCAGCUUUCACUUCUAAGUCUAAUUUAACCCAGGCGUUUUUGAGAACACGGUCAAAUGACAACGGAUUAACAAUCGAAAUUCCAAAUAACGAAGAAAAAGAGAGUGUUGAAACAUUUGAGAAUGAUGAUGAGGAAUAUGUACCAGUACCUGUCAAGAAAAGAAGAAAAUUUGAGAGUGAAUACCGUUCAUCAAAACCCUCGACACAAUUUGUUGUUACACUUGAUAAUGAUUGUAUAAAUAAUGUUGAUUCAACACAAAAAAAUAACCUUAGCAGCUCAAUUAAAGAUCGUAUUGGCUAUCGUAUGCAAAUCACCGAGAACGAAGAAGUGAAACAACGGAGAAAGGAACGUUUUGAACAAGGCUAUGAAAAAAAUGAGCCCGUUCAAAGUACUAGUAGAGCCAGAACGAUCUCUCCUAUUAGUUUCAACGUCAAUUCAGAGCAUGAAACCGAUUCAUGUUCUUCGCAUCUGAAUGAUAACUUGCACGAGAACAAAGAAACCAAAAUAAAGAAAUUGAAGCCAACAGGAAAAUUUGAUGACAUUCCUUCAUCACUUAGUACAGUUUUGGCAAAUGAUACACUAAAAUCGAAGAUGAAAGAACGUUGUAAAUUUUUUCCAAAUUGUCGUGAUGGUGAUGCCUGUGAAUUCAACCAUCCAACUGCAGCUUGCAACGCUUUUCCAUCCUGUAAGUAUGGGGACAAGUGUGCAUAUUUACAUCCAUUGUGUAAAUUUGAUCAAACAUGCAGCCGAUCUGACUGUCAGUAUUUUCAUACUGCGUCCGUUAAGAAAAACAUAGCACCUCCUUUAGCAUCGUCAAUAUUUCCAUCACAAAACUACAAACCAAUAUCAUUGACAAUGCUCCCAGCUGUGUGCAAAUUCUUUCCGAAAUGUUCUAACACGUUAUGUGCGUUUUAUCAUCCAAAACCGUGUCGUUUUGGAAAGCAAUGCAAUAAAAUAGAAUGCAACUUUUAUCACCAAGAAUUGCCUCCGGUAGAUAAGUUGAAAUGGAUUUCUUCUUCUAUGUAGAUUUCACUUAUAACGUUAUAAUGAAAAAUAUAUGAUAAAUAUGUAAAUA